GGGUAGUGUCUUCAGUGAAAGAGACUGACCAGUUUGUACUAGCAGUGAGGCUCCCUCCCUAAGUGCUGAAAUUGCUGAGAGCUGCCUGUGUUAAGUUGCUGGGACCUCAAGGCAUCGCAGAAGUUGCAGUAGAGAGGCCAGUGGUGGAGUGAACAAUGACAACGCAGCGGCAGAGUAGACAAAAAUGCAGGGCACAGCAGUGGCAGGCAGCGAUGCAGAAUGAAUGGUGUGGUGGCAGCAGCUGAGGCUUCCUGCUGGGUCUCCAGAUUCCUUGGGCGCGGUGUGAGCAGUGGGGAGGAUGGGUCACCAGCAGCUCUACUGGAGCCACCCCAGGAAGUUUGGAAAGGGCUCCUGCUCGUGCCGCGUGUGCUCGAACCACCAUGGCCCGAUCUGCAAGUACGCGCUGAACACGUGCCGGCAGUGCUUCCACCAGUACACCAAGGACAUCGGCUUUGUCAAGUGGGACUAAACACUUCUCAAGAAGAUGAGAUGUCACAAGGAGACUACUAGACAUAAUUCUCUGCCUAAUUUGGAUAACUGGGCGCGCUAAAUUUACCAAGUCUUUGCCACGCUAUUUUGUGUAUAAAAUAAAAUAGCCUAACAGUC